ACCCAUGAAGCAUCACGGUGACGUAGGAAACCGCAUACGCUAUCAAGAUGGUGCUUGAAAGUACUAUGGUCUGUGUGGACAACAGUGAAUACAUGCGAAAUGGAGACUUUCUGCCCACCAGGCUGCAAGCACAGCAGGAUGCAGUUAAUAUUGUUUGUCACUCCAAGACCCGCAGCAAUCCUGAAAACAAUGUGGGCCUCAUCACUAUGGCAAACAAUUGUGAGGUCCUGACCACACUGACUCCAGACACAGGGAGGAUACUCUCAAAGCUGCAUGCUGUGCAGCCUCGUGGAAACAUCAGCUUCUGUACAGGCAUUCGGGUUGCACAUCUGGCCCUGAAGCACAGGCAGGGUAAAAACCACAAGAUGCGCAUUAUUGCAUUUGUUGGUAGCCCUGUAGAGGACAAUGAAAAAGAUCUUGUCAAAAUGGCAAAACGACUGAAGAAAGAGAAAGUCAAUGUGGAUGUCAUUAACUUUGGAGAAGAGGAAACAAACACAGAGAAGCUGACAGCCUUUAUUAACACACUGAAUGGCAAAGAGGGAGCAGGCUCCCAUCUCGUCACAGUGCCUCCAGGCCCUAGUCUAGCUGAUGCCCUGUUGUCCUCACCCAUCCUGGCUGGAGAGGGAGGUGCAGUUCUAGGCCUUGGUGCUGGUGACUUUGAGUUUGGAGUUGAUCCCAGUGCAGACCCAGAGCUGGCCCUGGCUCUGCGUGUGUCGAUGGAGGAGCAGAGACAACGACAGGAGGAUGAAGCUCGCAGAGCUGCUGUUGCUUCAGCUGCUGAAGCUGGCAUUUCUUCCCCUCCUGCAGAUGAGUCUGAAGAUGCCCUGUUGAAGAUGUCUGUUCCCCAAACAGACUCAACAGCACCUGCUCUACCAGAUUUCAGCCGUAUGACAGAGGAUGAACAAAUUGCUUAUGCUCUGCAGAUGUCCAUGCAGGGAUCAGGAGCAGAGUUUGGAGCAGAGAGCAUGGAUACUGGCGCUGACAUGGACUCCAGUGAGGCUAAGGAUGAAGAGGACUAUGAUGUUAUGCAAGAUCCAGAGUUCCUACAGAGUGUUUUGGAAAACCUCCCUGGUGUCGACCCCAACAACGAGGCCAUCCGUAAUGCAAUGGGCUCUUUGGCGUCACAGACAGGCUCCAAAUCCGACCCUAAGAAGGAUGAGGAGAAAAAGAAAUGAACACCCAAAGAGAGGACCGUAAUCUAUGAAAAUAUUAAAAGGAGCCUGAGAAUUGCACUGCAUGUGUUAUUCACUGUAACAUUGUCGCUCUUCUUACUGCAACAACUGUUUUGUUUAUUUAGGUUUGUGAUAUGUACACAGCAUUUGCCUUUUCUCAACAUCAGUUCGCCAGUCCUUAACUACUUUUUUUUUCCUCCAAGUGAAUAUGCUUACUUUUAAUUUUUUUGUAAAGUAAAAAAAGUGUCACAAU